AAAGUUGUAGUAACUCUUCAUCAUUGAAACCGCCAAAAAAGAAAAUCAACGAAACAACAACAAAAAGCCGAAGCUAAAGCCUGGAUUUCGAUUCCGAAUCAUUGAAACGAAAUAGUCAUCUUCUUCAUCUUCAUUGCAUUUCUCCGUGGAUCUGAUCUUAGAUUGAGUUUUGCGGUUGCGGUUGCGGAUAUGGAGGAGAAAUUGAUUCAACGCCUUGAAUCCGCCGUGUGCCGGCUUGAGGCACUGUCGACCGGAUCCUCCACUGUCAGUCGUUCGUUGGGAAGUGGCGACGAUGCGGCGUCGGAGCCUUCGAUUUUGGCUUUUGAGGAUCUGAUGAGGAAUUGCGUUCGGAAGGUGUCCGAUGCUGCUGAGAAGAUAGGAGGUCAGGUCCUUGAGGUCACGAGGAUUGUGGAAGAAGCAUUUUCCGUUGAGAAGGAGCUUCUUGUCACGAUCAAACAAACGCAGAAACCUGAUCUUGCCGGAUUGGCUGGAUUUUUCAAGCCACUGAACGAAGUUAUUCUGAAGGCAAACGCAUUGACAGCAGGGAGAAGAACUGAGUUUUUCAACCAUUUGAAGACUGUUGCUGAUGCUCUCUCGGCUUUAGCCUGGAUUGCGUAUACAGGAAAAGAGUCUGGUAUGAGCAUGCCUGUAGCACAUGUUGAGGAAACUUGGCAAACGGCUGAGUUCUACAGCAACAAGAUUCUCGUGGAGUUUAAAAACAAAGAUCAAAACCAUGUCGAGUGGGCCAGAGCUGUGAAGGAACUGUUCUUGCCAGGUUUGAGGGAUUAUGUUAAAAGAUUUUAUCCUUUGGGACCAGUUUGGAAUCCUGCUGGCAAAAUAGCGAAAGCUCCUACCCCAAGUGCUCCUGCUCCUCCACCUCCCUCAGCUCCCCUCUUUAGCACUGAAACUUCUCAAGCGUCAACACGUCCAAAAGAAGGAAUGGCUGCUGUGUUUCAAGAAAUUAGCUCAGGAAAGUCUGUCACUGAAGGUUUGAGAAAAGUUACUGAUGAUAUGAAGACGAAAAACCGUGGAGACAGAACUGGUAUUGUCAAUACCAGUGAAAUUGGUCGAAGAAAUUUGCCUUCUUCGUCGAAGAAGUCAGUUGUCGCUCCCAACCCCAAGUUCGAGCUUCAAAUGGGUCGGAAGUGGGCCAUUGAGAACCAAAUUGGAAACAAAAAUUUGGUUAUAUCAGAAUGUGAUGCAAAACAGUCGGUAUACAUGUAUGGAUGUAAAGAUUCUGUGGUUCAGGUUCAAGGAAAGGUCAAUAACAUAACAGUUGACAAAUGCACUAAGUCAGGAGUUGUGUUCACUGAUGUCGUGGCUGCAUGUGAGAUUGUAAACUGCAACGGCAUUGAGAUUCAAUGCCAGGGAUCGGCUCCAACUAUUUCGGUGGAUAAUACGGGUGGCUGUCAAUUAUAUUUAAGUAACGAUUCUCUGAAGUCUUCCAUAACGACGGCCAAAUCAAGUGAAAUCAAUGUUUUGGUGCGAGGAAAUGAUCCAGAUGGUGAUUGGGUGGAGCAUGUUUUACCCCAGCAGUUCCUUCAUGUACUUAAGGAUGGUCGUAUCGAAACAACACCAGUUUCUCACUCUGGUGCCUAAUUCAGUUUAAUUUUCUGGGAUGGCGUAUUUGAACCAUUAUCUUAGUUUCAAGAAUCAUAUUAUGACGAAAAGUUUGAAUGUAGGCAAUAAGAAUGCAGAACUUGAGAGCAUCCCAACCCGAAAUGAUUAUUCAUAUGGUAUGUGAGGCUAAAGGUUUGGUAUGACUCAAUUAUUUCAUUUGUAUUUUUAGACUUUGUUUUGUUUUAUUUUGGUAUAACUGGUCAUUUGAUUUGUAUUCUUAAACUUUGUUUGUUUUGUGAAAAGCUUCAUUUUUGA